CCAUGACUUACUACAGUCGUUGUUUAAGCUUUAUUUUAAUGCAAAUUGUGCAAUUUGAAAGGCAAACUUUACCCAACUACUACUACUAUGUACAUGAAAAGGAAACCAAACUGCGGUGUGUGGUAUAAGCAAAGUGACAAAAGGAAGAAUAUAUGGAGAGAGCCCAAAUGAGCGUGUGCGAUUUGUAAUGAUGAGCAGAGAUAUGGCUUUUGUGUCCCCUGUUUCUUCUCGUUCUCCAUUACAUCCGCCUCUGCCGACGCCUUCGCCGUUCACGACGUAUUCAGUGGCAUCCACAGGUUGGAGCGCAAGACCACCACCGAUCCAUGUCUACAAUAUUGUUCUCAGGUCGCUGGCUCUGCUUCUUUCUUUCGUCUCUGCUCUCUCCCUGAGUAUUCCGUCAUCCAAAAGCCCGAGUUUUCACGAUUACCAAACUUUAACGUACUGUUUCAUUGUGAACACAUCAGCCUUUGUGUACUCAGCUUAUCAACUCUUCAAAAGCAUCUGGGAUAUCGCAUAUCCGGGCAUUUGCAUCUCGGAAAAGACUUCUGAUUACAUAAACUUUGUAUUUGACCAGGUAAUGUUUGUACGGUCACGAGGCGAAAUCCGUUGUUUAGUUUCCCCUUAAACUCUGAUGGAGUUAAUUGACUGUGUAGAUUGCAGGUUAUCUCCUGAUUUCAUCCUCUUCUGUAGCUGUGCUGACUAUCCAGGAUAUGGAUCAUAGUAAACCUCUCUGGAAAGCAGCUAUAGUCUCUGUUACUAUAUCAUUUGUGGCUUUCUUUGUCAUCCAGUUUUGUGCGCUUUUAUCCGGCUACAAGCUCUGCAAAAGGAUUGUUUGGUGAUUCUCUAUUUUACAGAUGUACUCCUACUUCUUGCUGGCUCUUAAUUAGCUCCAAUACAACAGUCCUGUCCAGUACUUUUAUCAGAAGAAAUUAACUUUCUUCAUGAGCGUCAACACUAUCUUUUGGAACUCAAAAAAUAGUACUCCCUCCGUCCCACAAAAAUAGUCAACAUUGAGUUUUGAGUUUUGAGUUUUGUACUGUUUUUAAUACAAAUUUGAAAACUCCAUGUGGACUAUUUUUUAUUUUUUUGGGGACGGAGGUAGUGCAAUAAAGUGCA